UGAGCUACACAGGCUCAAGCGUCCAUCGACAGCAACCCCCCAAGCCGAACCACCCUCAGAAAGGCACUCGAAGGAAUCGCAGCGAUCGACAGUCAGCUCGCAGACCUCAACGCUGCCCCCUGCAAGUGACGAUCGGGCAAAACGCUCCCGCAGGAUCUGGCUUGAAUACUGGUGAACCUACCCAGGACGAAACAUGUCUUCCUUCACCAAAGCCAAAGCCGGCAUCUCCGCCAUCGCCUUUGGUGCCGUCAUCACUGUCGGGUCCCUGACCGGCGCCCAACUCAAGGCCGACAAGCAAAAGGCCGAUGCCAUUCGAGAAUUCCGCGAGACCUCGCCGCACCAACAAAUUGCGGUUCUGGAGGAGCAGAAGAGAGCGCUCCUGGACACCAGGGGCCAGCUACAACGGAAGAUCGAUCUUUUCGAGGAGAAGGUGAAAGAGCGCGAGGCGGAAAAGGCGCGACGAAGAGCAAUUAGGGCGCAACGGAAAACAGAAUGACGAGGGACUCGGUUGUGGGGAGUACGGAUACCACAUAAUUACCAGCAUCCGGAUCGUGGAGUAUUUGGAAAUCGUGGAGCAUGAUAGACGGGAUAGCGUUCUGCAU